AUGGGAGAUUUUAAUACUCCCCUUCAUGAUUCUGAAAAUUUUGGAGGAUCUCAAGUGGACAUGGAUUGUCGAAUGGACCUUAUGGAUUUCAUUGAUCUCCAUGCUCUACAUGAUGUUGAUCUUCAGGGGGAAUCCUUUACUUGGACCAAUAGAAGAUCAGGUGAUGAUUUGAUCCAAGUGUGUUUGGACCGGACCUUUAUAAACAAUAACUCGCUGGUAAAAAAUUUGUGCUCUCUUACGACUCUUCCCAGAGUCAGGUCUGAUCACUUCCCUAUUUCCUUUGUUGUUGAUGCCAUUGCUGGAAAAAGAAAUUUUCCUUUCAGGUUUGAAAACAUGUGGUUGUCUCAUCCCUCAUUAGAAUAUUAUAUUAGGCAAUGGUGGAAUAUUUCUAUGGAUGGUUCUGUUAUGUUUAAAGUGGCAAAAAAGCUUAGAUUUGUUAAAGAUAAUGUUAAACGUUGCAAUAGAGAAGUGUUUGGAGAUUUAUUUGCUUCAAAGACUGCUAUCCAAUGUGAUCUUAAGGAGAUCCAUGAUAAGAUUCAAGCUAAAGGAUACCCCUCUGUCUCUCUUGAGAUGGAAAAUGAAAUUUUGAGGAAAUACCAUGAUAUUAUUGCGAGAGAAGAAGUUUUUUGGAAGAAAAUAUCUAGAGCUAUAUGGCUAUAUGUUGGGGACAUAAAUACUAGAUUCUUCUAUAUGAAUUCCCUUAAACACAAAGCUUCUAAUAUGAUUUCUAGGAUUGUGGUGGAAGGUGGGGUUCUCAAUAAAGAUGAUGAGAUUUGUGGUGAAGCUACUAGGUUCUUUGCCUCCCUCCUUUCAGGUGAAGUGAAUCUGGAUGUUGAUGCUUAG